GACGGUGACAUUGUGCUCCCCUCGUUGUCACGUGCUGUGGAAUAUGCUGGCUGCUUUUGUUGUGCCACUGCCUGUUCUGCUUUUCUGGCACUUUCAUACAAUGGUGCACUUGAGCACCGGGAUGCUAUUAAGCCUUUCAGACUACUACAGCUUGAAUUCCAGCUCUCAGGAAAGACAAACAUCCCAAUGUAGGAUACAUGGCACAACACGCAUCGUCAAGAAACAGCAACAAGGAUCAAGUGUAAGACCGGAAACAAGGCAAUGUCUCAGCGAGCCGAGUCCUCCCAAUGUGGCGGCGUUGUGGUCGAGUUCGAGCCUGACGACAUCAGGAAUGCGAGAGCCAAAAAAGCCACGAGCAUACCAGGUUCAGCGCUUAUCUACCUCAAGGGUCCCAAGUUCCUCAUCUAUGUCAGUGGAGCGUUGUCAAUGUGGGGUGACCGAAUGUGGCACUUUGCCAUCUCUGUGUUCCUGAUUGAGCUGUACGGACGUAACUUGCUGUUGACUGCCGUGUUCGGCUUGGUGGUGGCCGGCUCGGUGCUCCUGCUCGGAGCUUUGAUCGGGGACUGGGUUGACCGCAAUCCCAGGAAUAAAGUUGCACAUGCGUCUCUUUUCAUCCAGAACAUCUCAGUGACAAUUUGUAGCAUUGUGCUCAUGUUGGUCUUCUCAUAUAAGCAAAGGAUUGAGCAGAUCUGGGACGGCUGGCUUACUGUGGUUUGUUAUACGGUGGUGAUCGUCCUGGCAGAUGUGGCAAACCUCGCAAGCACUGCGCUGACCAUCGCCAUCCAGAGGGACUGGAUCAUUGUCAUCACCGGUUACAACCGAGGCCACCUGGCCGGUAAGACGACUCGCUCUCGCACACGGUCGUGGUGGGCAGCAUUAACCUUGGCUUCCUCGAUUCUGGCAAAAGGAAUGAAUGCCACAAUGAGACGGAUAGAUCAGGUGACCAACAUCCUGGCACCGCUGGCGGUGGGGCAGGUCAUGACCCUAGCCUCCAACGUAGUUGGUUGUGGCUUCAUCCUGGGAUGGAACGUCAUCUCUCUCAUUGUGGAGUUCUUCUUCUUGUCACGGGUGUACCGCAUCGUACCCGCUCUUUCUGUCAAACCACCGACGGUGGAGGUGGACCAGACCAAUCUGCAAGGGAUGGACCAGAGAGGAACGCAAGGUGAAGGUCAAGUGGUUCAUCCUCUGACGGAAAGCAACAGCGAUGCGAGCCUUCACCUGAAAGAAAUCACCAACCUCCCGCUGUGCUUCCGGAGGUUUCGCUGGCUGGUGAGCACCUGCAAGGACGGAUGGAGGUCUUACUAUCAGCAGCCGGUCUUCCUGGCGGGAAUGGGCCUGGCGUUCCUCUACACCACCGUACUGGGCUUUGAUUGCAUCACCACCGGCUACGCCUACACUCAAGGCAUAAGCGGCUCCCUCCUUAGUUUGCUGAUGGGCGUGUCGGCCAUCACGGGUCUGAUGGGCACCGUCAUGUUUACGAGACUGAGGAAGACGUACGGUCUGAUCAACACUGGCGUUAUCUCCAGCUGCCUCCACCUGGGCUGCUUGCUCUUGUGUGUUUGCUCCGUCUUUGCCCCCGGCAGUCCCAUGGAUCUUAGCUUGCUCAUGCCCUACUUUACCUCAAACUCCUCUUCGGAGCUUGGCGAAAUGUCGAGUCGAAGACAAAAACAUACGUCUCCGCUGAGGGGAGGCAGCAAUCAACCACUUUUGCCCGACCGCUCCUCCAUCCACUGGACCAACAACACUGUGCUUUUUGACAACGCGCCUUCCGGUAGCGCGCCGGAGUCUUACAUCUCCAUCAUCUUCUUGUUCAUGGGGGUCAUCACGGCACGCAUCGGUUUGUGGUCCUUUGACCUGACAGUCACCCAGCUGUUGCAGGAGAACAUCUGUGAGUCCGAGCGAGGUGUUGUAAAUGGGGUGCAGAGCUCUAUGAAUUACCUGAUGGACCUGCUGCACUUCAUAAUGGUCAUCUCUGCUCCACAGCCGCAGCAUUUCGGCAUCCUAGUUCUCAUUUCCGUGCUUUUCAUCACCACUGGACACACUAUGUACUUCCUGUACGCGCACAAAGCCAAGAGAAAACGUCGCCCGGCCACUUAAAAGGGGAGACGCGGGCCACAAAUGCAAGCAUGAGAUGCUUUACCAGCUCUGAGUCCGCUCUGACUACGUGCGAUGAAUGUCUCCCUCCUGUUCCGUGACUUAGCCGUUCAUUUCAGCACACCACAGCCAGAGUUUGUCUCACCUCAGCUGCUUCCUCCCUGCAGGGCCUGCAUGUGUUAAAGCAGCAAACCAGAACUCAGGUGCAAUAGAAUGGGAGCAACACUGUAUCAUGAAUAUGAAUGGCCGCUAUAAAUGCAGCAAUGAAACCUCCAGGGGAGAUGUCCUAGUGGAAUUUACAACGAGCCUCUAUGCGUUAGCCUACCCCAUAGGAUUACUGCAAUGAAGCUUUUAAGGCUUCCGCUAUGAAAGUGGAUGGAUAGUGACUUUUUUUUUUUUAACCUGCACGGACAAAAGAACUGCUGUUGUGAGGAAAACACUGAUUGAAAAGAAAGACAUUCGUUAUACAGACGGUACUGAUCCACCCACUUGGAAAUAUUCCAGGAUUUCCAAUAAAGGAAAAUAAAGGGAAUCACGCAUGAGAUCAUGUGAAAUAAAAGUAAGAAAGGCAGCUGCCUUUUUAAUGGAUUUUUCUUACCUGAUUUAUUUUGCUGUGCAGGAAUCAAAGAACACAAAACCUACAAUGGCUUGUGUAUUUAAAAUAACACAGAGUUCAUUCUUUUUCAAAAUGUGUGUCACUUCUAUUGACAGUGCUCAACCACACUUCAAAUGAACCGACCAUGACCUCACUGCGACAAAGAACACAGUUGGCCGUAAACGCCUUGGGGAUUAUUUUCUGCCACUCAAUGUUUUUAUAUGGCCUUUGUGUACAUCCCACAACCAGCACCACCUCUGCAAUAUACUUGUAUCAUUUUCCUGUGACCUCUACAUAU